CUAGGGUGGAAGCAACAGCUAUGAGAAUUCGCUUUGUUGUGAUGGCUUUUGGUGUCCUUUUCUUUCUAACUUACCUGGUAAAAUGUAUUGAUUCAAGGAAAGUUUACUUUGGGCACAAAGUUUUGAGAGUCAUUCCCAAGACAAAGGCACAGGUUGAUUUUCUCCGGUCACUUCACCCCUUUUUUAACAAUGAAGUUGUGGAUUUUUGGACACACUCUUCGCUUCGAGGAACACCUGUUGACAUUCGUCUCGCCCCAGGACAAGUUUAUAGAAACAUAACCUCUUUGUUAAAUAGUCAUAAUAUCAAGUUUCAAGUCCAAAUAUCCGACUUACAGUCAGCUAUUAAAAGACAAAACCGAAACUGGCGUAAUAAACGUGAAGAGUCUUCGUGGUUUGAGAAAUACCAUACCCUGGCAGAGAUUUUUUCCAAAUUAGAAGAAACUGCUGCCAGGUUUAAGGAGAGAGUGCGCAUGCUCUCAUUUGGAAAGUCCUACGAGGGAAGACAACUGAACGCUGUUGAGAUCGGAUCAACUCUACAUAUCCCUAAGCCACUGGUUUUUAUCAACUGUGGAAUUCACGCCAGAGAGUGGGUUUCCCCAGCAACAUGUAUGUAUAUCAUAGACCAGCUUACCUCCCGAUAUUCAGAUGACAUAACGGUACAACAAGUGUUGAACAAAGUUGAUUUUGUUAUCAUGCCUGUUUUCAAUGUGGAUGGUUACGUUUAUACAUGGGGAAAGGACCGCAUGUGGCGGAAGAGUAGAAGUUUGAACCCAGGCUCCCCAUGCGUUGGUGCUGAUCUCAACCGAAACUGGGGUUUCAGGUGGGGUGAACCUGGCGCAAGCAGCCAUCCCUGCAGUGACAGUUACCAUGGAAACAGCGCGAUGUCAGAAGAAGAAGUGCAGGCUGUUGCCAAGUAUCUCGAGUCCUUGGGGAGAAGAUUGGUGGCUUUCCUAGACAUCCAUUCUUACAGUCAGAUGUUAAUGUUUCCUUGGGGCUAUACAAAGGCUCAUUGUAAAGACUACUUAGAACUGAUGCGAGUGAGCAAAGCUGUGGUGGACGCGAUCAAAACGAAAGGAGGCGACAACACCAGCUAUGUAUUUGGACAAACAUCUGACAUCCUAUAUAUCGAAUCAGGAACGAUGAAAGAUUAUCUUUAUGGGCAUUUAAAAGUAAAAUACACAUUCUCGAUGGAAUUGAGAGACACUGGAAGACACGGCUUCCUUCUUCCUGCCAGGCUAAUAGUUCCCACAGCAAGAGAAGCUUUUGAAGGAAUUAAAGCUUUGGUAUUGAAUAUACAGUUAAAGGAUCAGUGACAUAUCUGGACAGAAGGAUUACUGAACAGGAAAUAAAUACCAACGUGCACGUGAUUGUGAGAGGAACAAAACAAUAGAAUAUUACUUUGAAAUAGGUCGCUUUUGAUUUGCUUUCGAUAAGUUCACAUCGUUUUUCGUCGUUCUUUAGGGUCAGUGUUUUCGUUUUUCAUCAAGUUUAAAAUUAAAUGUCAGUCUUGUGAACUAAAGCUAUAUAUUCUUAAAGAAUAAACGUCCUUGUAAACCCAGAUAAAUUUGACAAUCGAUUAAAAACACUUAU